AUGUAGUAAUAAUCAGAACUUGAAAAUUUUUAGAUUGAUUGGUCACAAGUAAGUAAGCCUAAAUUGUCUGAAAAGAGAACAAAAAAACAAGAAAUCAAAUAAACUAUCUAAACAGAAGUUAAUGUCUUUGACAGAAUUUCAAUUUGUUUUAGAUAUAGGAUAUCCACAUUAAUUACUCAAAUGGGUAAACCAUAAUAUUAUUGCAAAUUUGAUCCUAAAUUAAAAAAAACAGUCUAACCAAAUAACAAUCAAAAGAAAAAUUUAGAAGAAUAGUUAUCUAAAAUUGCUGCACAAUUAGAAUUAAGCUGUCGAUUUAUUACUAGAUCUAUGUUUUAAAUAAAUAGAUAGCCUUUACUUAAAUCAAUGGGAAGUAAAUAUUGUAAAAUAUACAUAAGUUGAUAUAAGAAGUGUAUUAACUAAAGCAUAAAAUGAUAAAGAAUUUUAGAAGUUAUAUUUGGAUUUAGAUGAUUAAAGUGAAGAGUAAAGGAAAAAAGAGGAGGAAACUGAAAAAAUAUUGGCUUAAAUAUAACCAUUGUCUGAAGCUCAAGUUAAGGAAGAAAUUGAAAAAUUGCGGAAAAAACACAAUUUAAAUCAAAAUUAAUAUUUAUAUGUAAUAUAAGGAUCAUAUUUUGAUGAUAUGAAAACUCUAUUUAAUUCAUUAGGUAUAGUAUUUAAUUAUCUAUUUUUAUUAGGUUGGGUUGAAAUAGAUGAUGUUUAUACAUAAGUUUAUGAUUUCAAAUUUUGUUAUUUAAAGAAAUUUUUACAUAAACCUAUCCCUGAAUAAGUAGUUAGUAGAUUUGCUAGUACAAAACUAUUAACAACAAAAUUUGGAUUGGCUAGAUCAUUAAAAAGUUGUUAUAUUUUAGGUGGAGUAGACCCUAAUACAUUCUUUCCUAGAUGUUAUGAUUUAAGUGAUGAAGGAGAUUUUGAAGAUUUUUUGGAGGAAUAUAAAUUUACAUUUGCUGAAAACUAUCUUAAGAAAAAUCCUAAGGAUGAAGAAAAGAUACUUAUUGCAAUAUAAAUAUUAAAUAAUAAAUUAAUGCCAAUUUAAAAUAAAAUCAAUAGAAUUGUAUAAUUUAAUUUAUAUUUAGACUGCUGAUGAUUAUCCUGUAUGUACUCCUUAAUAAUGGUAAAUUUUAUACAAUAAACCAGAACCAAAAUAAGAAAUUGUUUAAUUUAACAAUCCAAAUAUUAUGGAAUAAGUUAAAUAAAUAUUAUAAAAUUUAUCUAUUGUUGAUCCUUAAUUUAAAAUUUCUAAAGGUGAUAAUAUUUGGGUUACAAAACCUUUUGGAUUAUCGAGAGGAAGAGGAGUUAAAUAUUUUAAAGAAUUAGAAGAGAUACUUGCAUAUACUUUUGGAGCUAAGGAUGUGAAUUUUGUUGCUUAAAAGUGUUUAGAAAAUAUUAUGACAAUAGAAAAAAGGAAAUUUGAUAUUAGAUAAUGGAUGAUAGUAUCAGAUAUUUAACCUUUGACAAUAUGGAUGUAUAAAGAAUGUUAUGUACGGUUUUGUGGAGUUGAAUAUAAUACAGAUGACUUAAAAAAUAGGUAUUAUAUAAUAUAAUUUAUAAAUUACAGAUAUGCUCAUUUAACAAAUUUUAGUGUGUAAAAACAUAAUGAAGACAAUUAGGAGGAGAAGUUGAUGAUGAGUUAAGAGGAGUUUGCUAAGGUUUUGAAAGAAAGAGGAUUUGACUUUGAGAGUUAAGUUAGACAAUAAUUUAUAAAUAUUAUAAUAGCUACAAUGAAAUCAUGUUAAAAGUCAAUUGAAAUAAGAAAGAAUACUUUUGAAGUUUUUGGAUUAGAUUUCAUUGUUGAUGAUGAUUGUAAUCCUUGGUUAAUAGAAGUUAAUGCUUCUCCAACAUUUGCAUUUUCAACUCCUGUAACUGAAAGAUUAAAUAAAAUGGGUUUAACAGAUUUGGGUUAAUUUAUUGUAGAACAUAUUUAUAAUAAAACAAAAAAAAAGAAUUAUGGUGGAUGGGAAUUAAUAUAUAAAUAAAAAUUAUGA